UUAUGACUUUAUGUUUACAUAUUGUUCUUGUUGUUGUUGACAUAUUGUAAAUGAAAGUUAAAUUACUUAAAUUAUGUCUUCUAAAAAAAAUAAAUUAAGCGGUUGUGAAUACCGUAAAAUAAGAAAAGAAAAAAAUGUAGCUUUAAUAAAGCAUACCGGUCAAUACCAAAAAAUGGAUUCUUUCGUUACGAAAAUUCAAGCUAAUAUAUCAGACAAUAAUAAUUCGAUUCAUUUGAACACCGUGGAAAAUGUCGCCGAACAAAACGCGGAAAAGGGUUUAUCGGAAGAACCUGGUGAUUUUCAAUUAAAUGAGGGUCUUGACACAGAGGGUAUUCAAGACAUUUCGAAAUUAUCAUUAACUCCAGACAAUACAGAGAUUGAUUUGACAAAUUGUGAGAUCAGUGAUGAUCCGGCGAAAUGGACAAUUAAUGAUUCAACGGUAGAGUAUUUCACAACACACGGAUUUAAUCAAAACAUUGAUGCCGACUUUUCGAAAUCAAAAAGACAGUAUAAUAAUAGAGCAAGGUACAUGUCAAAAUCACUUUUUAAUCGAGAACUAAAAAAUGGAGAAAUUCAGGUGCGUCCGUGGUUGAUAUAUUCAACAAGUGUAAACUCGAUUUUUUGUGGUCCCUGUAAAUUAUUUAAAGUGAAAGAAAGUUCGUUUACAACAGGAUUUAAUGAUUGGAAAAACGCACAUGAUCGUUUAGUGCAACAUGAAUGUUCCACGGAACAUAAGGAUGCAAUGAUGAGGUUUUUACAAAUAAAUAAAACGAAUAAGAGUAUUGACAAAUCAAUUAUUUAUGAAACACAAAAACAAAUCGAAUAUUGGAGAAACGUUCUUAAACGAGUAGUGGCAACGAUCAAAUCUUUGGCAUCUUAUGGAUUACCAUUUAGAGGAACAGAUGAAAAAUUUGGAUCAUUCCAUUCGGGAAAUUACAUCAUGGCUUUAGAGUUAAUUGCUCAAUUUGACCCCUUUCUGGCAGAGCAUAUUAAGCUUUAUGGAAACAAAGGUAGUGGAAAUACAUCUUACCUUUCAUCUUUCACUUGCGAAGAAUUUAUUAAAAUUUUAGGAGAUAAUGUUCUGAAUACUUUUCGAUUAGUAUUGAUUCAACUUCAGAUGUAGCACAUUUUGAUCAGUUAUCAUUUAUCUUGAGACAUGUAGAUGAAAAUGGUUUACCAAGAGAAAAUUUUGUAAAGUUUAUUCCCAACUGUGGACACAAAUCAGAAGAAAUGUUCGAUACCAUUCUCGGUGUUUUGGCUGGUGAUGAUUUAAGCAUAGGAAAUUGUCGAGGACAGUCUUACGACAACGCAGCCAAUAUGUCGGGUAUGUAUUCUGGUGUUCAAGCAAGAAUUGUUGAAGUAAAUCCCGCAGCUGUCUUCGCUCCUUGUUCACCACAUUCACUCAAUCUUGUUGGGACAAAUACUGUUAAAAGUUGUCAGUUAGUGGUAAAUUUUUUCUCUAUUUUGCAACAGCUUUACAAUUUCUUUUCCUCGUCAACACACAGAUGGGAGAUUUUACUCGAAAAUUUGAAAGAUAACGCGACUGUUCUUAAGAAUUUAUCUAAAACUAGAUGGUCAGAUCAACACCAAGCAUGUAAAAGUGUUUGUCAAUCUUGGAGUGAAAUUUUAAAUGCCCUGUUACAAAUAGCUAACAAUAAAUUUGAAAAACCUGAAACUCGUCAACAAGCCAAAGGAAUUCAUGUUUCUCUUGAUAAUCUUGAAAAUUGCUUUAUUUCACUUGUUUGGAACGAUAUACUUCAAAGGUUGAAUGCUGUCAGCAAAGCAUUACAAGCUAAAGAUUGUCACCUCGCUUUGGUUGUUGAACUUUAUCACUCUUUAAUGCAGUACGUUGCCGAAUUCAGGAACCAAUUUUCUGUUUACGAAGAGAAAGCCAAAAGUGUUUGCAAGCACACUAGUUAUAAAUUUUAUUUGUCGAGAAAGAAGAAACGUAAACCACAUUUUGAUGAAGCUGGAGAAACGGAACAUGAAUUUACGGGCAGAGACAACAUCAAAGUGAACAUGUUUUACUUUAGCAUUGAUAGGUUGGAAGCGGAAUUAAAAAAACGAUGCGAAGCCUAUGAAAUUUUGUGUGACAGGUUCUCUUUCUUAACAUUAUUGCAUGUUCAAGAUUCUGGCGAAAUAAGGAAGAAUUGUACAAAGUUACUCUCUUUUUAUCCCGACGAUUUAGGAGACGAAUUAGAAGUUGAAUGCCUUCACCUUGGAGCACAUCUAAGAUCGAUGAAGAUACAAAAUAUUUCGAUGAUUGAACUGUCGAUUAUGCUGCACGAAAAACAAUUAACGAUUGUUUAUGCAAAUGUAAAUGUUGCGCUUCGUAUUUAUUUAACAAUCCCUGUUUCAAAUUGUUCUUGUGAGCGAUCAUUUUCUGCUAUGUCAAGAGUUAAAGACUAUUUGCGCUCAACCAUGUGCGAAGAAAGAUUGAAUGCCUUGUCUAUAAUGUAUAUUGAAUCUUCCAUUCUUCAAACAAUUGAUACCGAAAAAAUUAUAAACGAGUUUGCAGAAAAAAAAGUACGUCGAGUAAAUCUGUAGACUAAAAGUCUUACUUCAUUAUUAUUUAUUAUUAUUAAAUAAAAAUAAUUUUUAAAUUAUUAA